AUGAGUUUGAUCCUGACGUUUGUGGAAGAACUUGCUCUGAUUGCAGCCACCGUGCUGCUAAACAUACAACAAAAGCCUGUUUGUACGUACACGUACGUAUUACAUGAAGAGGCUACUUUGCGCGUGUUGGGGGAUAAGAAGAACUGGACAGUUGAAUGGAACAGGGUUAUCUUCAGCGAUGAAUCUCAGUUUAAAUUAUUUGAUAUUAACCGUGUAUAA